GUAUCGCAGUCUAGGCGUAGGUCGUCCAUUUUGUCCGGCUGUUCACUUACUGAAUUCUGCUUGCUAUUCAGUUGUAAAUUUUUAGUUCUGAUUACCUAAUAGAAACAUCAUGUUGAACCUACUAUCAAGGGCAACCCUUAGCGCCCUGAAAGCUGGCAAAAGUAAUUUAACACCAAAAGUUGUUCAAAAUGAAUUGCCCAAAGCUAUGGUUGCCACCACGUCAACUUCUAACAAUAAAGCUGCUGCAAAACCAAAAGCUGGUACAUCUCAAGGACGCAUUGUUGCUGUUAUUGGUGCUGUAGUUGAUGUACAAUUCGAUGAAGAACUCCCACCAAUUCUUAAUGCCCUCGAGGUUCAAAAUCGGUCUCCCCGUCUUGUUCUUGAAGUGGCCCAGCAUUUGGGUGAAAACACUGUCAGAACUAUUGCUAUGGAUGGUACUGAAGGUCUUGUUAGAGGACAAGAAGUUCUUGACUCUGGAUCUCCUAUUAGAAUUCCUGUAGGUGCUGAAACUUUAGGCCGCAUCAUAAAUGUUAUUGGUGAACCAAUUGAUGAAAGAGGUCCAAUUCCUACUGAUAAAACUGCCCCUAUCCAUGCUGAAGCACCUGAAUUUGUUGAAAUGAGUGUUGAACAAGAAAUCUUGGUUACUGGUAUCAAAGUAGUAGAUUUGUUAGCUCCAUACGCUAAAGGAGGAAAAAUUGGUCUUUUUGGAGGAGCAGGAGUAGGAAAAACUGUAUUAAUUAUGGAACUUAUUAACAAUGUUGCUAAGGCUCAUGGUGGUUAUUCAGUAUUUGCUGGUGUAGGAGAAAGAACUCGAGAAGGAAAUGAUUUGUAUCAUGAAAUGAUUGAAUCUGGUGUAAUUUCAUUAAAAGAUAAGACUUCCAAGGUAGCUUUGGUAUACGGACAAAUGAACGAACCACCUGGCGCUCGUGCCCGUGUAGCAUUGACUGGAUUAACUGUUGCCGAGUAUUUCAGAGAUCAGGAAGGUCAAGAUGUCUUGCUUUUCAUUGACAAUAUUUUCCGUUUCACCCAAGCUGGUUCUGAAGUGUCAGCUUUGUUAGGACGUAUUCCAUCAGCUGUAGGUUACCAACCUACAUUGGCCACUGAUAUGGGUACUAUGCAAGAAAGAAUUACUACUACCCGUAAAGGAUCUAUUACAUCAGUACAGGCCAUUUAUGUACCUGCAGAUGAUUUAACUGAUCCUGCUCCUGCUACUACAUUCGCCCAUUUGGAUGCAACUACUGUGUUGUCUCGUGCCAUUGCUGAAUUAGGUAUUUACCCUGCUGUCGAUCCCUUAGAUUCAACAUCUCGUAUUAUGGAUCCUAACAUCAUUGGAGAAGAACAUUACAAUGUUGCUCGUGGAGUACAAAAAAUCUUGCAAGAUUACAAAUCUCUUCAAGAUAUUAUUGCUAUCUUGGGUAUGGAUGAACUUUCUGAAGAAGACAAAUUGACUGUUGCAAGAGCUAGGAAAAUUCAGAGGUUCUUGUCUCAACCUUUCCAAGUUGCUGAAGUGUUUACUGGACAUCCUGGUAAAUUGGUACCACUUGAAGAAACAAUCAAAGGUUUUACAAAAAUCUUGGCUGGUGAAUAUGAUCAUUUACCUGAAGUUGCCUUCUAUAUGGUUGGACCAAUUGAAGAAGUAGUUGCCAAGGCUGAAACAUUAGCUAAAAAUACAUAAGUUUUGUGAAGACUAAUAAAUCCAUUCAAAAAUAAGUUUUCCUCAUAAAAAUUUUUGUAUUCUUGAAAAUUUUAAGUAAACAUUAUUCGUGUUUCAGCGAAUGAUAUAAGUAGAGCUAUGUAAAUAAAUUUGUUAACCAACAAAUAAAUACAAAAACAACAACAAAAAAAAACUGAAAAAUUAAAAAUGUCUUAGUGGAACUUUAUUUACUACUUGUAAUUAUGUUAACUUGCAAUUAUUAUGUUAUUUUUAAUGCUGCUCGUUUCCGCCACAUAGUCCAUGUUUCUAUAAUAAUUAUAAUUCAACCUGUGUUUUUAAUGAAAUAUUAUUUUAGUUAAUCUUUACCUGAUGUAAAAAAUUAUUUAAUAAUAUAUUAUGUUCCUGUUAAGGAUUCAACCACUA